AAAUAAAACAAAAAAAUAUGGACACUCAUAGGUUUGAAAUUAAAAAACAAAAAGGAAAGAGGAUAUGCCUUUCCCUGCAAAAGCAUCUGUUCUGUAUCCAACCCUAACGUAGUUCUUUGUCACCAACACAAACACUAGCACAAAACUUCAACUUAAAUGCGUUAACAUCAUCGUCAUCUUUAGUACUUCAAAUACCCUUUCCUCUUCUCACCUCUUUCACAUCCCUAAUUCUUUCAUUCAUGGCGCAACCCGCCACUCCCACCAUCUCCAGGUCCAACUCCACACCCAUCAAAGAACAAAGCCCUCUUUUAGGCCGCUACGAGGUCGGCAAACUUCUCGGCCAUGGCACCUUCGCCAAAGUCUAUCACGCUCGCAACAUCAAGUCCGGCGAAAGUGUCGCCAUCAAAGUUAUUGAUAAAGAAAAGAUUUUGAAAAGUGGACUCGUCGCGCACAUCAAGCGUGAGAUCUCAAUUCUUCGAAGAGUUCGGCACCCCAAUAUCGUGCAGUUGUUUGAAGUGAUGGCGACUAAGUCCAAGAUCUAUUUUGUUAUGGAAUAUGUUCGGGGUGGUGAACUCUUUAACAAAGUUGCAAAAGGAAGAUUAAAAGAAGAUCUUGCCAGGAAAUACUUUCAGCAGUUAAUUUCAGCCGUCGGAUUUUGCCAUGCUCGUGGGGUUUACCAUCGUGAUUUAAAACCUGAAAAUUUGUUGCUUGAUGAGAAUGGUGAUCUUAAAGUUUCAGACUUCGGACUUAGUGCUGUCUCCGAUCAGAUUCGUCAAGAUGGUUUGUUUCACACUUUUUGUGGGACUCCAGCUUAUGUGGCUCCGGAGGUUUUAGCGAGAAAAGGUUAUGAUGCUGCUAAGGUAGAUAUUUGGUCUUGUGGGGUCAUUUUAUUUGUUUUAAUGGCUGGUUAUUUACCUUUUCAUGAUCAAAAUAUCAUGGCGAUGUAUAAGAAGAUUUAUAAGGGCGAAUUUAGAUGUCCAAGAUGGUUUUCUCCUGAGUUAACUAGGCUUUUGUCGAGAUUACUUGAUACAAAUCCUGAGACAAGAAUUACUAUUCCGGAAAUCAUGGAGUUCAGAUGGUUUAAAAGAGGGUUUAAGAAUAUAAAGUUUUAUAUAGAAGAUAAUAAGCUUUGUAAUGUUGAGGAUGAUGACCAGACAGAUGUUGGAUCAUCAUCUGAUCAAUCAUUGUCCGAAUCAGAAUCUGAAAUUGAAACAAGAAGGAAAUUAACUUCUUUACCCAGACCUGCUAGUUUGAAUGCUUUUGAUAUUAUAUCCUUUUCUCCUGGAUUUGAUUUAUCUGGAUUGUUUGAAGAGGGAGGAGACGGUGCAAGAUUUGUUUCUGGAGCUCCGGUUUCAAAGAUUAUAUCCAAAUUGGAGGAGAUUGCUAAGGUGGUGAGUUUUACAGUGAGGAAGAAGGAUUGUAGAGUGAGUUUGGAGGGGUCGAGAGAAAGCGUUAAAGGGCCCUUGACAAUUGCAGCUGAAAUAUUUGAAUUAACGCCGAAAUUGGUGGUAGUCGAGGUAAAGAAGAAGGGAGGAGACAGAGGAGAGUAUGAAGAAUUUUGUAACAAUGAAUUAAAACCCGGGCUGCAAAAUUUGAUGACGGAGGAAUCAGAUUCUGCAGUUGUUUCGGCCAUUGAUACUUCUCAUUUGCCCUCAGAUACUGAAUAGAGAGAGGGAGAAGGGAAAAGAUUUUCUGGACUCCAUUUCAGGAUAAUGGGGAUGAGCCGCAUGAUUCCAUGACUGUUGUGACCACUCGUUUGUGCCCUUGAGGGAAAGGCUUCAUUCUGUUCUCCCUUCUGCUUCAUUUCAAGUUGUGGUUACUUUCUGUUUUCUGCAUUACCAAACUGGUAAAAUCUGGGAUUUAUUUUUAAUUCACAAGGAGUUUAGGAUAAUUCUGAUGGCUGACAAACGCAUACUUAUUGCAUAAGAUUUGUUUGAAAUGAAAUUACAUUUGAGCUGUUUUCUGUUCUAAAAAAUUGAUUGACUCUAAGAUAUUUAAUUUUUUUAAUUUGGUUCUGAAAGUCCGGCCUACGCCAUUCUACUACACAUUUUCUUGAUAUUGGAUAGAACCAAUUGACUUUUCUGAUGCUUUUUUCUGCUUUUGCAAAUAUGUAAGUCGUUUUGGAUUAUAAAAUGAGCUCGUGCAGCAUGAGUUCUUUCAA